CCUCCCUCUCUCCCUGUGUCUGCGAGCUCCUUUGUGCUGUGCAGCGGCGAAGAGGAAGCGGCGGUCCGGACUCCCCCGUCCUGCGGGUGGGGGUCUGGCUCGGCCACCCCCCCACCUUCAAAAUUCGCCUCCGCCCCUUCGACCGGGCAUCGCCGCUUUAAGCGGCGGCCCCACGCCGGUAGACGGGGCGGUCCGGGCGCACCCCCGCUCCCCCACGUGGUGCGGUGCCCGUGUCUCCGGGCCGCGGCGGGGCUGGGCGCACACAGCGCUGGGCUGCUGGCGGGGCUUUGCUGCUCGCCGGGCGGCUGGUGCAGCACGCCCCGGCCGGCCCGCGGCCAUGCGGCAGUGGCGUGAAGCGACGGGAGCAUGAAGCGGGCGAGGCCGAGCCCGCUGCCCGCGCUGGGGCUGCUCCUGCUGGGCACCCUGCCGGGGCUCUGGACGGUGCUGCUGCGGCGGGAGGCGGCAGCGGAGACUGAGGCACCGGAGCCGCGGGACUGGGGCCGCUCCCCGGAGGCGCGGGGCGAGCCCGGCGGAGGGAGGCAGAAAACUUUCCGGGCGCUGCUGGCGGCGGGCCGGGAGGAGCGGGACGAGCCGGCCGCGGGCUCGCCGGUGGAGCGGGGCAUCUUCUGGAGCCGUGAGCUGGAGGAGCAGGUGCCACGGGGCUUCGCGGCGGAGGAGGCGGCGGCGUGGCUGUCUGCCGCCCGCACCGCACGCGUGUCCUCGCUGGAGCGGGGCGGCUGCGGGCGUAGCUCCAACCGGCUGGCGCGGCUGUCGGACGGGAGCCGCGCCUGCGUCCGGUACGGCAUCAACCCGGAGCAGAUCCAGGGCGAGGCGCUGUCCUACCACCUGGCCGGGGUCCUGGGCAUGCAGGAGAGGCUGCCGCCCAUGGCCCUCGCCCUGGUGGAGACCCGCGGGCGGCGCUGGGAGCCGGUGCGGGAGGAGCUGCGCGGCUCGCCCUGGGCCGAGGGGGCCGUGGUCAGCCUGACGCGCUGGGUGGACAACCUGACCGCUGUGGUGGCCCCAGCGCCCUGGGGUUCCGAGGCGAGCGCCGGGCGGCGGCUGCAGCCGCUGUCGGCGGGGGAGCUGGGCGCGCUGCCGCGGUCGCAGCUGGUGGAGCUGGUGCAGUGGAGCGACCUGAUCCUCUUCGACUACCUGACGGCCAACUUCGACCGCCUGGUCAGCAACCUCUUCAGCCUGCAGUGGGACCCGCGGGUCAUGCGCCGCGCCACCAGCAACCUGCUCCGCGCCCCCGACGGCGGGCUCGUCUUCAUGGACAACGAGGCGGGGCUGGUGCACGGCUACCGCCUCCUCUCCAUGUGGGACCCCUACAACGAGCCACUGCUCCGCUCCGUCUGCGUCUUCCGCGAGGGCACGGCGCGGCGGGUGGCCGAGCUCCAUCGCCGCCGGAGCGCCGCUGCCGAGCUGCGCCGCCGGUAUCGGGCGCGGGAACCGCUCUGGGCGCGCCUCGGCUUCCUCUCGGAGCGGCAGGCCGAGCUGCUGCAGGCACGGGUCGACUUCGUGCACCGGCACAUCGCCCACUGCCGCGCACAGGCAGCUGUGCUCUAACCGGCCCCGGGGCCGGCUGCCCGCACCGCCCGGUUCCGCCCCUCUCCCAGGGAAAGGGACACUCGCCCCGGGUGGAUGCUACUCCGGGCUCGGUGCUCCGUAACCGCCGGGACGACCGGGUGUGACACUGCCGUGAUUGGGCUGGGGGGAGCGGGUGCUCACGCUCGGGUGCCUAUAGUAAGGGGCUCCCUGUCUGCUGGGGCAAUUCAUCCGCGUUUGUCAAGCCCUCGGAGGGUGCACGGUGCUAUCGGUAUGAGUAUAGCGGAGUAAAGCUUCGGGGCUCUGUUCCCAGGGCCUGAAACAGGGAGAGGGUUAGCGUCCUUCACUCUUUCGGUGCAUUCGCCUUCUUAAGAGACCCUGACGGAAAGCUGUCUUCUUUGGAUCGGGGUCGACUACCUUUUUCUUCCAAAGGAGGCAGGCGGAAACGUCUUUUUUAUAUCUUAUCCCUUUUGCAACAGCAUAUUUAAGUAUGAAUGUUGAUAUUCAUAGACCAAGAACUGAUUGCACAAUAGAGGAGUCCCGAACUAGCAAAACUGCCCUAUUUAUGAAGCUUGUUUCUUACCGAUUUUCUUUAAUGAGAGUUAAAUCUAGUUGAGAAGUGUAUAAAAAGUCCAUAUUCCUUUAGUUCUUAGUCUUUGUUGUGGAAGCAUCUGGUUGAACUUCAUAGAAUCAUACAGUCACAGACUGGUUUGGGUUGGAAGGGACCUUAAAGCUCAUCCAGUUCCAGCCCCCUGCCACGGGCAGAGACACCUUCCGCUAGACCAGGUUGCCCCAUCCAGCCUGGCCCUGAACUGUUCAACUGUGUCGAUCCUUAAACACUCCUUUGUUGUCAUCACCAUCAUCGUUUCGUCUGACCAGUGAAGUAACUCACCCGUGGGUGACCCAAGAGGAUCUCCCAGCUUUUAUAAACAUUGCUGUGUGCUAAGACUUUGAUGCAAUAGUUAAAGUGGAGGAAAACCUGUUUCAUGCACUUUACUUUGACUUUUUAAUUUUUUUAUAAAAGAAGACCCUUUUAUUUUACAAAGUCUGCCUUUUAUGUACAUUCUAUACGUUCAUAAGCUUUUCUGUAACAUACUAAAGAAACUGAUAUUUCAGUAAAGUGUGCUAAUGUUU